CUUAGGUGCGUCAGCAACGAGGCUCAUAACAGCAGAUGGGGUUGUAGCGGUCGAGCUCAGCCGCUGAACAUUAUCAUCACCGAUAAAAACAACCAUGUUAUCUUUCCACUUCCGGAAAUCAUCAAAAAUAGUGCUGGAUCAGGACUGUGGUACUCUAUACCUUUCGUUAACGAAGUGUAAGUCUGACAUGAUUCUAUUGGACGGCUUAACUGAUCCCGUUGCUGUUCAAUAUAUUUUUUUAAAAGUUGAGAUAUAUAACUUCAUAUUCGCUGGGUUCCCUUGUGAAUCUAAGGACGUAGUCACCUUCCUAGUUCAGCCACAGGUCAGCCUUCAGGGGCAGCCAAUGGGAAAUUUUGAGAAAAAGACCUAAAAACAACAACAAAGCGUGAAUAAAGCUUCCUGAAACCAUUUUAAGUAUUUUGGGAGAUUGCUGGGAAAAAUGUAUCUGUUCCUCACUCCCAGCAAGACUGAUGGAAGAGUUAAGAGCCAGCAAGGUGCGCCUACAACUCUGCAACCUGACUUACUAGGAAGUUUCACAGCAGACGUGUGUAUAGACAUAACUGGCCAGUUUGGGUGUGGUCAUAAAGCAAAAUUCAGACCCUAAUUUAGGGGGGGGGGGGGGGGGGGGGGGAGGGAAAGGGGGGGGGCCGGGGGGCCAAUCCCCCCCCCCCGGGGUUAAAAAAAACACAGCCCCUAUUUUCCACGCAAAAUACCCCCAAAACCCCGACGCCCGCACACUUUUUUUUCCUAGGACCCACCUAUAAGGAGAAGGGGGAGGGGGAGGCGCUAUGCGCGCCACGAGCAUCGUAGAGAGGAUGUGGAGAAGGGGGGGUUGUGAAAAGACACAGGGGGGGGGGGGGGGGUGAGAAAAAAAAAAACACUGAGCGAGGGGGGGGGGGGGGGGGGGGGGGGGGCGUCGGUAGGACAAUGGGAGUGACCGAGGGACCAAUUCACCCCUUCAGUGGUUAAAGAACACAUAGCACCUAUUCUACACAUCAAAUAUCCUCAAACAGCCAGAGCCUGCAACAUUUUCUUUCCAGGGACAUAUCAUUACUUGCACAUCUCCCUGCCAUCAAUAAAUUGCCUGAAGAACAGAUCUUUUGCGGAACAGAUCCAUUGGGUGCCCCUGAGCCUUUUACAGUAACAGUUCGGUGCCGUGAGCCAACAGCUAAUCACCCACAGUUAUAUCUUAUUAGUGCGAGCGGCAAAGCAAGUCAAACCAGUGAGGAACAGGUAGUAAAAAAGACGGUUUACAGCCUCCUCAAGCACGGUCCUAUGUUAGCCAACCUGGCAAUAAAAACGGACCGAUGCAAUGAAAGACUAACGUGCCAUGCCUGAGUCACGGGCUUCAGUGUGUUUCUUAGGUUGUGUUCGAUUAAGAUUAACCGUUUCAUACAAAACCGCUCGCUUUUGGUUCAGGGCUUUGGCUGGGUUAGGUUAGUUGGGUAUAGUCAAUUCCCGAGGAAGUCUGGAAAUGCCUACAUCCAGUAGGCCAUUCCCAAAACUUUACUACGCUGGGCGUUGUUAGAGAGGUCGAAAGGCGCAGUGUAUUUAUCUGAGCUCUUUCUCCUCAGAUAUUCUGACGAGCUGGUCUUCGCGAACUUUGGUCAGCCGUUGUACCUGCCAACCGACGAAAAAUUGCGGUUUUGGUACGGAGACGACUUGAAAAACCACUCCGAGGGUGAUAACCAGGGUCAAGUCUGCUUCCAUGUGUUCGCGCUCUUCAUGUGA